AUGGGAUGUCAGGUAACAGCUUUAUCAAAGUCGGUAACACCGGUGCUGAUUCGCGCGAAAAUAUCGAUACGGCGCAGGACAUCCCUAGCGUCGGCGCCCGUCCCGCAAACUCGCCAGCCGCCCGACGAACUGCCCGGGCGCCCGGCAGCGCAUCCGAACGAACGAAACGCCAACAUCCGCACCAUUGUCCACGCGAACGUGUUUACAUACUCCGUCCCUAUUGCGAUUUUUUAUCCCUUGCCCGUCCCUUUAGCGAUUUUCCUCGUUCCCCAUAGUGUUGUGCCGAAUUUUAAUCGGAUUUCCCUUUGCGGCUGUGUGCUGCAGUCUACUUGCCGGUUCGAUGCGGAAAGAUUUUUAACAUUGUUGCUCUGUUUU